UUCCGGGUGUUGUCUGGCCGCCGCCGCCGCCGCCGCGCGUCUCCGGUCUCCCGGCCGCCGCCGCCGCCGCCGCCGCCCCCCCCGCAGCCGCCCAGGGUCCCGGAGCCAGGAGCGACGUCACCGCCAUGGCCGGCAUCAAAGCUUUGAUUAGUUUGUCCUUUGGAGGAGCAAUUGGGCUGAUGUUUUUGAUGCUUGGAUGUGCCCUUCCAAUAUACAACCAAUACUGGCCUCUCUUUGUUCUGUUUUUUUACAUCCUUUCACCUAUUCCAUACUGCAUAGCGAGAAGAUUAGUGGAUGACACAGAUGCUAUGAGUAACGCUUGUAAGGAACUUGCCAUAUUUCUUACGACAGGCAUUGUUGUCUCAGCUUUUGGGCUCCCUAUUGUAUUUGCCAGAGCACAUCUGAUUGAGUGGGGAGCUUGUGCACUUGUUCUCACAGGAAACACAGUCAUCUUUGCAACUAUACUGGGCUUUUUCUUGGUCUUUGGAAGCAAUGAUGACUUCAGCUGGCAGCAGUGGUGAAAGGAAUUACUGAACUAUUGUCAAGUGGACUUCUUGUCAUUUGUUGGCCAUCCACGCGCACACGAGCUGGGGCAGGAAUGCUGAGUGGUACAGCAAGCCUCCUGGGGGUAUCCUAGGUGCUCCCUUCUCACUUUCAUUGUAAGCAUACUAUUUUCACAGAGACUUGCUGAAGGAUUAAAAGGAUUUUCUCUUUUUGGAAAAGCUUGACUGAUUUCACACUUAUCUCUAGUAUGCUUUUUGUGGUGUCCUGCUGAAUUUAAAUACUUAUGUGUUCCUGUUUAGUUAUUUUUUUUUUUAAUCAGUAUGCAGUGUGAAGCAUUUUUCAAAUGUAACAACCAUUUGCAUUGGUUAGAAAUUAGAUUUCUGCUGGCUAUUAUUGGGCUAAAGGACAUCUUUUAUCUUAAAAUUAUUUAACCUCCAUUGCAAAAAGUUCAAAAAAGUUUUCAAUCAGUCAGGAUGACAUCACUCCCAAUAUUAUGCAAACAUGCAGACUGUUGGCAUACCUUAUAGACUGUAUACUCAGUGCAAAUAUAGCUGCAUUUAUACCUCAGAGGGCCCAAGUGUUAAUGCCUGUGCCCUCCGUAAGGGUUGCUGGUUUUGCCAGGAAACAGGUGUUUUGUGAAUUGAAAAUUAUUUUAUGGAAUUGCUGCAAAGGAGUGCUUUUCUUCUCAGUUGUUGGAAGAAUUUAUUGUUAAAGGUAAGCGUGUAAAACCAGGUUUUUGAGAUGGUUUUUAUUUAUGUUUAUUAUAAAGUAGAGUGAGUUGCAUUGUGGGAAGAAAUGACAUUGAAAUUUCACUUUUUGAAUCCUCUUUCUAUCUAUAAGUGAAACGUUUGAUCUUCUAUCAGCCUUUCCUAUUUUACCAUGGGCGAAAUGGACAUACGGAACUAUACUACUGAUAAGGGAAAGUUGUAUGUUUGCAUCAUCUAGACCAGAAAAACCUUUCCCUGCUUCUUCCUUUUAACUUAAUUUUAUACAUUGUAUAUAUUAAGUAAAAUAACUUUUCAAAUAUAGUUUAAUAACACUUUAAAUUAGAGAUAUUUAUCUCACUUGGAAAGUAAUCGCUAUGCCAUACAUGCCGAGCGCCCCCUGUCCCGCAAGGCCUUGAUGUGAUUAACAAGUGACUUGUUACUCUUGCAGAGAAGUGAUGCAUUAACAAUUUAAGAUUUAGACCAUGGUAAUUGUAGUUCUUAUUCUCUAAGGUUAUAUCCUAUGUAAUUUAAAAAUAUUUAAGACCAGUUUCUUGUAUACCUCUCAACUUUUUUGGAUUUUUAUUUCAUCAUGAUAGAUACGCUGUUUCCUUUUAAAUGGCAUUUAUUGUGUGAAUUAAUGCAAAGUAGCCAAAUCCAGCUGUAUAGCAGCUUCAAACACAAACCUGACCAAAAAAAUCCCUGGUAACCAGGCAUGAUCAAAUCGUAGUGGUCAUUUACAUCUCAACAAUUACCAGUACCUUUUUCGAGAUCUAGUUAUGAAAAUGUUCGAGUUGGUCUGACAGUAUGUUGUUGAGGAUAUUUGUAUGUUUGUUCAGUUUAAUGACAGGAAGAUGAUUUUGCCUUCAGACAAAACUGAGUGAUCAUGACAGCUACCUUUUGUUGUUUUAUAAAGUUUAUUUCUCAAGAAAAUGGGAACAGAUUUUGGGUUUGUUUAGCUUCUUACGAAAGAUGCGCGAAGGCCACAGGUUUUAUUGCCAGACCCAAGUUGUGACUUUAGCUGUGAGAUGGGAAGCAGAAAGAAGGAUCUGCAUGUGGCCAUCCCACUUAGACAGUAGGCUGGACACGACUUGCAGUGUUACAAUGACAGAGACCUAAAGAGGAAGGUACAAGUACGCGUGACAUAGCCGGUCAUGCGGUUGGAAACUUAGUGCCUGGGAUCUACUUGAUUGCUUUUUUGUUUGUUUUUUUUGUUGUUGUUUUUGUUUUUGUGGGAAAUACAUCCUCUGCCCCUCCCCCAUUUUCUGUUCUAGAAUAUCAGUGCAGUGCACUGCUACUGUUCUAUUCACUUGGCCAUAGACUCUUUUUCUAAUAGCUGCAUAUUCUUUUUGUGUACUGAUUGCAUUGGCAGCAUUGUGUCUUCCAUCUUGCACACUAGCUCAACAUAGUGCUGUCUCUGACUUCUAGUUAGUUGUUUGAGGUAUGACUUUUCCAUAGAACAUGCACUGAUCCUGCAUUGCCAUUCUUCUAUGGAAAGAAAACUUUUGAUGAUGAAACAAUAAAGAUUUUAAAUAUC